AUGGCAGGGAGUGAUCCCUAUGAGUAUCAGAAACUGAGCUGUGGGUUUGCAUACGGAGUGCCCGUGGCUGCGCAGAACACCAACGUUGUGGUCGUAAACGACGUAUUCUCUUGUCCCUAUCCGCUCGAGCUAACCGUAAAAAAGAAAUGUAAAGGACUGAGCGGUGCGAAGCUAGAGAUAGUGGACCUCAAGUCUAACGUCGUUCUUCUUGUGGACGGGCCUCGCGACAGCUUCAACAAGAAACGCGUUCUUCGUGAUCCCGCUGGUUACCCUCUUCUCACCAUGCGCGAGAAGUUAACGUCGUUGAAUCACCGAUGGACGGUUCACCGAGGAGAAGGCUCUGAUCCGACGGAGCUGAUGUUCACAGUGCAACGUUCUCAUCCUCUUCAAUGGAGGGCUCGCCUCGAUGUUAUCUUUCAGUCUAAUCAUCACCUCCGCAACUUUAGCGUCGUUGGCACUUACCACGACGACUCUGCCAAGGUCUACCACGAUGACGCUCUCAUCGCCGAGGUGAAGGAUAAGUCGGGAUGUGGAGGAUUUCUCAAAGGGAAACAAGACUUUGUGGUUAGAAUAAACGCAGGCGUUGACUAUGCUUUCAUCGUCUCUCUCCUCGUCAUCUUGAACGAGACCAACUCCAUCUUUUAG